GCGCGCGCGUCUCGAGCGGCGCGUGGGGCACCUGCUCGUCUGGCGGCAGCGGGCGGCUGCUGCUCUUCAGCCGGCGCGAGCUUCUUGUUCUUGUUCUGCUGCUACUGCUGUUCCGCUGCUUGUUGCCGCUUCCUGUCGCCUCCUCCUCCUCCUACUCCUCCUCCUCUUCUUCCUUGGUUGCGAGUUGGGCUCCUCCGGUGGGGCUUACCCCAUCCUUCCUUCCUUCCUUCUUUCCUUCCAUCCUUCCUUGCUUCUUUCUUUCUUUCCUCCCUCCCUCCUUCCUUCUUUCCUCCCUCUCCUCUCCUCUCCUCUCUCCCCCCCCCCGCGCUGCCUGCGAGUCACGUGCCCCUUGCCUGAGGCAGAGACUAAAGAGGAACCUUAAAAAAAAAUAAUAAAAAAAGGGGGCGCCUCAUUCCUUCUUCCACCGCCAUACUGUAUUUUAUAGUAACUCGCAUUUUUAUUCCUUCCUUUUACUCCCGCUCGCAUGCGAUGGUUUAAACUGGGAGCAAAAGGUGUUGCUGGGACUGCAAGAGAGAGAGAGAGAGAGAUAAGAGAGGAAGAGAGAGGAAGGAGACUUGCCAGUCCAGCAAUAACGUAAAUGCCUAGACAUGAUAACGUAUUGAUACAUAUGCAGCAGGUUUUGUUGUUGACCAAAAAAAAAAAGCAAUGUGAAUUAUGAUGCAUAUUUUUCAAAACCAAAAAGGAGACAAGAAGUGGCAUGUUGCUUAAACUCUCUUUUGCAGAGAUUUUUUUUGAUGAUGUUGUUUUGGGUUUUUUUGGUUUUUGUAUAUAUUGAUAUGGGAUUUGACUAUGCAUUUUACAGCAGUGUUUACAAAGAGUUUGUGAUCUUGCAAUACUGGUGCGAGCCACUGAGCAAGAUAAUUAAUCUUUAUUAAAUGUUUUUGUUUUUCAUUUUGUUUCCUUUUUUUUGCACACCGGGUUGCAAUCAGCUGUUUUUCUUCUUUUGCUGUUUUUGAUGCUGGUUUAUAAUGUGAAACUUUUCUUGCAGCUUGGUACUGUUGAUCAUUUUUAACAUUUCUAAAUAGAUCUCUGUCCAUAUAUUCUAAGAGAGCCCAAGAUCAUUCCUUCCCCAAAUUCCAUAUUUUUUUCCAUUCUUCUAUACCAAGAUAAUUUGAUGAUGAUGAUGAUCAUAAUGUUGAUAGAUAUGCCCAUAUAUACAAAUAAGUUUUCAAAUGAUGGCAGUGGAAGGUUUUCCUGGAGAAUGAAGUGCGGUUUGGUUUCCUUGUCAACGGAAGAUGAAGUGAACAGCCGAACAUCUCCCCAGUGCAGGGCUGAAGUCAAGUGAGCCAGUCAUGACCGGCAAAACACAGACCAGUAAUGUAACCAAUAAGAAUGACCCCAAGUCCAUCAACUCAAGAGUUUUCAUUGGAAAUCUCAAUACAGCCAUUGUCAAAAAAGGCGACAUAGAGGCAAUCUUUGCAAAGUAUGGAAAAAUAGUUGGCUGUUCGGUGCACAAAGGUUAUGCAUUUGUACAAUACAUGAGUGAGAGGCACGCAAGAGCUGCUGUAGCAGGAGAAAAUGCCAGAAUCAUUGCAGGACAACCACUUGACAUCAACAUGGCAGGAGAACCAAAACCAUACAGACCUAAGCCAGGAAACAAGCGGCCACUUUCAGCUCUAUACAGACUUGAAUCAAAGGAGCCUUUCCUGUCUGUUGGUGGCUACGUCUUUGAUUAUGAUUACUACAGAGAUGAUUUCUAUAAUCGGUUGUUUGAUUACCAUACCCGGGUCCCUGCACCGCCUCGCGCUGUAAUUCCAUUAAAACGUCCCCGGGUAACAGUAACAGCAACUCGCCGAGGAAAGGGGGUGUUUUCCAUGAAAGGUGGAUCAAGAUCUACAUCAAGUGGAACUUCCUCAUCAGGAUCAAAAUUGAAGUCAGAUGAGUUGCAGACAAUCAAGAAGGAAUUAACUCAGAUCAAAACAAAAAUUGACUCUUUGCUAGGGAGACUAGAGAAGAUUGAAAAGCAGCAGAAGGCUGAAGCAGAAGCCCAAAAGAAACAAAUAGAAGACAGUGUCGAUUUGAUCCAAGAUGAGUGCAUAUCAGAGAAUGCUGACAACUCUACCGAAGAUCCUAUUGAAGGAGGCCUGGAUGGAGAUGGAGAGGAGUUGACUGAUGGCAUAGAGGAGGAUUUUGAUGAGGAUGGAAGCAAUGAGCUGUUUCUACAGAUAAAAUGAUUUGGGAGCCCUAUCCAGCCCCUGUGGAAACCGAGAAGACUGACUUCUCUGUCUGGAAAUGUGACCUGCGAUUACUUGCCGGCUGAGAACACCUUUAACUCAGUUUUUGCAAAGAACUGAAAUUACUCUUUGAAAUGGAAGCAACCAUUCAAAACUUAGAAAUUCCAUUUCUUGUAUGUUCUAAAGCUGUACAAUUGUCAGAUUUUUAUGGUUUAGAUUGUAAAUGUGUUUUUUCCUGGCUAAUUAUUGGUAUUAUUUUUUUAAUUUUGAUGUCAGAAAGCCAAUUACUUGUAUGAUAAUAGGAAGGACAUAUUUAAAAUGAGGAAGACACUGUAUACAAAUGUAUAUUUGUAAAAGCUAUUUUUAUGAUUAGCAUGUUUUAUGGUUCAUUAUAUUUAAAGUCAGGUGAUAUUGCACUUAAAUGUUUACAGCAUAAUGAAAUGAGAUCAUCAAAGUUUUAUGAUUCAAUAUGUUAGCUGUAUUUUAAUUAUUUGUAUUUAUUUAUAUUCCUGUUUUAAAGCAGGUACAUUGAUUAAAUGGAAUCUUAAUGGUGGGUAAAUAAUA